AUGUCUGACUACUACGACCGUCAAGGAGGAGACCCUCGCGAGUACGGCGGCGGUGGCCGUGGCGGCGGCGGCGACAACAACUACUACGACCAGAACCAACGCUUUGACGACAACGAUCAAGGCGGUGGCCGUCGAGAUGACUAUGGCGAGCGACGCCAGCAAGGAGGAUAUGGAGGUGGUGAUGAUUAUGGCCGACAAGAAGGACGCGGUGGAAGAGAUGACGGCUACGGAGGUGGGGGCAUGAGUGGAGGCUACGGGGAUGAACCUCCUCGCCAUCAUGGUCGUCGCGACGAUGAAGGCUACGGUCGUCAAGAAGAAGGUCAGCACAGACGCCGCGAUGAUGAAGGCUAUGGGGGCAGUUCUGGCGGAGGUGGGGGAUAUGGAGGUGACGGCGGUUAUGGAAGACCCUCCAGCGGUGGAUAUGGAGGAGGCGGAUCUGCCGACUACGACCAAGACGAAGUGAUGCGACAUAGCCAGCAACACGGAAAUCCGGAAGACUCCAAUCUCUUUUCUCACGCCAUGUCGUUUCUUAACCAAAACAAGCACAGUGCUCAGUCCGAGGACAUGGAUGAAGGUCGGAUGCAGCAAAGCCAUCAGAUGCUAUACCAGCAAGACGGGGGUGGCCAGCAGCACGACGCUUCUAGCUUGGGCGCCGGGGCUGCAAUGCAAGCAUUGAAGAUGUUCUCUGGAUCUGGAGGAGGCGGAUCUCAGUCCCAAGUCAUCUCCAUGGCUAUGCAAGAAGCUUCAAAAUUGUUCGACAAGCAGAGCAACAUGGGCAAUGUUCAGGGCGGCACAGACAAACAGUCGGCGAUCAACCAGGCUGCGAAAAUGGCGCUGCAAAUGUAUAUGAAGAGCCAAGGCGGCGGUAGCGGUGGUGGUGCGUCUGGGCUGAUGGGCCUUGCCAGCAAGUUCUUCUCUUGA